UAAAUAGUGGACAAACAACGCCGACAAAGGAUUAACGAAUACUGGUUCCACUUUGAAUCGGAUAAAGAAAAGAUAUGGCGAGCAAGAAACCCCACGCGAUAAUGGUCUCAUUUAACCUUCAAGGCCACAUCGUUCCCUUCGUGAACCUCGCCAUUAAACUUGCUUCCAAGGGAAUCACCGUCACCUUCGCCCACCUCGAAUUCGUCCACCAACAAAUCUCCCAAUCCCAAAACUCCACCCAAACAGACCUCUUCGCCGCUGCUCGCGCCUCCGGCCUCGACAUCCACUACACAACCAUCAGUGAUGGCUUCCCCCUCGACCAUGACCGCUCCGCCAACAUAGACGAGUGGAUAGCCAAUUACCGCGACAGGUUCCCGGAAAACGUUGAUGAACUGGUUAGAUAUUUAUUGCAGUCCGAUCCUUCGUUUAAUUACUUCCUGGUCGCCGAUACAUUCUGCGCCUGGUCGGAGAAAAUCGCGGAGAAGUAUGGCCUGGUGAACGUUUCCUUCUGGACGGAGCCGGCUUUAGUCUUCUCGUUGUAUUACCACUUGGAGCUUCUCCGGGAGAAGGGCCACGUUCCGGUUAACGGUCGCCGGGAAACGGUGGAUUAUGUGCCUGGAAUCCGCUCCAUCAAUACUAGAGAUUUCAUGUCGUAUUUCCACGAUACUGAGCUCGAGGUGUUACAUGAAUACAUUUUCCAAGCAUUUGAUGUUGUGAAAACCGCGGAUUUUGUUCUCUGCAACACGGUGGAAGAGCUUGAAGCAGAGACGAUAUCUGCUCUGCGGAAAAAGCAGCCAUUCUACGCCAUCGGUCCUCUUUUUCCGCCUGAUUUCGCCGUUUCUAAUAGCCUCAUGCCCGAAGCAAGCUCCGGGGAAUGGCUGAAUUCUAAGCCGCCUGGUUCUGUUUUGUAUGUUUCAUUUGGAAGCCUUGCAACCAUUGAUAGGAGAGUGAUUCUAGAAAUCGCGGGCGGUCUUUUAGUGAGCGGAGUGAAUUUUGUGUGGGUUGUUCGGCCGGGGAUGGUGGAAUCCGGUGGGGGUGGGGUUCUGCCGGAGGGAUUCGAGGAUGUGACGAGAGACAGGGGGGUGGUAGUGCCGUGGUGCAGCCAGAAGGAGGUGCUGUGCAGCCGGGCAAUCGGGGGGUUCUUGACUCAUUGCGGAUGGAACUCGAUUCUUGAGAGUGUGUGGUGUGGAGUUCCCAUGAUUUGUUAUCCGUUGUUUACGGAUCAAAUCACGAAUAGGAAAGUGGUGGUGGAUGAUUGGAGAGUGGGGAUUAAUCUGUGCGAAGGGGAACAUAUCAAUAAGGAGGAAGUUGCAGAAAAGAUUGAGUUUGUGUUGAGUGAGAAAAGGUCGGAGGAAUUGAGAAAGGAGAUUGAAAAAGUGAGAAGCACACUUGAAGAUGCAGUGACUGUGAAUGGAUCAUCGGAGCGCAACUUUGAUGGUUUUGUCCAGCAAGUGCGCAACAAAAUUUGUAGGAGAUGCUCUCAUUAACAUUUUUACACUCAUUUUAAAAUAAAACUUGCUUCUUCAAACUUUGCACAA